AUGUUUAACUCGGUGAAUCUGGGAAACUUUUGCUCCCAGACGCGCAAAGACCGGACAUCCGAGUUUGGGGACAGAACGGGCUGCGCCUCAAACAUCUACCUCCCCAGCUGCACCUACUACGUCCCCGAAUUUUCCGCCGUCUCUUCGUUUCUUCCACAGGCCUCGUCGCGGCAGAUAACCUACCCAUAUUCUUCAAAUCUGCCUCAAGUGCAGCCGGUACGGGAAGUUUCCUAUGGAUUGGACCCUUCUAGUAAAUGGCACCAUAGAAGCAAUUAUGCAUCAUGCUACUCUGGAGAGGAUCUGGUGCACAGGGACUGUCUUCCGCCAUCCACCAUGACAGAAAUGCUAAUGAAAACGAACGAGAGUGUGUACAGUCACCACCACCACCACCACCAUCCCAGCUCCAACCAUUCCUCCACAGGGUUCUACCCCGGCGUGGGGAAAAACAACGUCCUCCCUCAAGGUUUCGACCGCUUUUUUGAGACAGCAUACUGCAGCACGGACAAUCAGUCAGCAGAUAAUUGUUUACAUAAGAGCGAGGCUAGUAAACUGGAAACAGAGUCCCAGCAGCCAGCGGCUCUACUGGGCGUCCCAGACCAGGACAAGGACCCAGAGGAUGAGGAGGAACAUACACAUUCGGGCUCGUGUACUUCUUCAGCCACCAAGGACGUCAGCGCCAGCAAGAACAGCCACUCGAGUAGGUACCGAAGCUGUAAAUGGGGAAAGGUUAAGGGACUAGCCCAGUGUUUUGUCGGUCAGAUUUUAUGUGGAGUUUUAUAAGUAUUCAAAGGAUUUUAUUAUAACCUACAAAGCUCUUUCUUACAACGAGAAUACUUUUUACGAUGGUAAAGUGCUUUGGAAAAAAAGCAUGUUAUACACAGACGCUUCUAUCUAAGAGUCUGUGAAAUUUUAAGAGCGCGCUAUUGUGACAAAUGCUAACUUUGAUCAUGAACUUGCGUUGGGCAUUUUAAGGGAUUUUCUCGUUGGUCUGUCGUGAGUAAAAACCAAUUGGGCAGAACAUUGCUUUUGGCGUCUUGUGAAUUUUCUUUUAGCAGCUUGCAUGCAAACUAACCCUACUAAAAGAUGUUGGGAGAUAAUUAGCCUUGUACACUUGGAGGCGAAAUAGUAUUCUUAAUUCAGCUAUUGACCAUCUGACAGGCUCCAUAAGUAUCCAUCUAGGCUAUUUAUAUGUAUCUGGAGACAAAUUGAAUCAGUCGUAGAGACUCGGGUAUGUGUUUGUGUCCAUAUCUGGACCAUGCUUGUGUCUGCAAUUCAAGCUCUGUACCGCAGUAUGAACAGUGUUGGGGAGUAGUGAACUACACGUAGGCUAGUUCAACUAGUAAUAAUUUAAUAAACAUUUGCUGUAGCUUGGUGGUCGUUGAAAUAAAUUAAAACAUUGGUAUUGUUUUCAGUAGUUAAUUACUUUUCUGCCAUGUAGCGGGGUAGCUAACUACUGGAACUACACACUACUUUUUUUUGCAAAAAUAAAAUAUGGGUAAAGUAGGAAAUAAUUUACUUUAUUUUUCGGCAUCAGACGGCCUGAUUCUCACUUGAAACAUAGUUUUUGGGUUUAAUGAGCUAAAUUACACAUUAUGUUAACAUCUACAUCCAGAGUGACCUGUUCUUGCAAUUUGUAGUCAGAUUUAAAGAUGAUGAUUUUUCACGAAGUAUCCAAUGUAGUAUGUAGUAAACUACUUUUUCAAAGUUACUUCAGUUAAGGUAAACUAUAUGUUUCUUAAGGGUAGCUUUAUUGUAGCUUAACUUCUUCCAGUGUGAAUUAAUUGAUAGCUAGGUAAACUAUAUUUUCAAAGUAGCUUCUCCAACACUGAGUAUGAAAACACAUUCUGUCCAAAUGUAUUCUAUAUAGCUACAUUUGUGUUAGCAUCAAUGCUACAUCUAUGUGUAUUGCAUUUAGUUAUGAAUUAAGGUAUGCGUAAAUUGUGCUCAGUAUGAACUGAGAGCCCUUUCCAUUCGGUUAGCCCUGAUAUAUCUAUGCCUGAAUCUGCAAUGAUUGAUACAAACACACACACAGGCGUCUGUAGCCUAAUGUUGCACAAUCAGGGCAUAACUGUAGAGAUGUUUUAUGUCGUUGUACUUGAUCUUUUUCAUGAGGUUUUGACCACCACUGUGAUGUAGUGUGGCUCAGAUUUGAGAGCCAUUUUAGCUUUACAAGAGGAUUCACAUCUAAUAUAAACAUCUGCAUUUCAAACGACCAUGAAUAAAGGAGUGUGCACAUUUAUAGUUGAAUUCCAUGGGAAUGUCCCGCAAACUGCAGCCCUAUACAUUUUGUUAUUGUAAGAGAUUAACACAUAUUUAGACACAUACAUACAUACUUACUUAGAGGCUGUAAAUUGAUAUUCUUUGCAGUUUGAGUGCGUGGGAUAAUUUAACAGUCUUUAUGGCUGAUUUAUUUGAUGUGUUACGUGCAAUGUUGACAGAAUUGGUACCAUUAAAUUGAUGCUUCUAGAAAUUCCUGAGUAGUGUAUUCACGGAAAGAGGCUACAUACUUUAUGUUGAUGUGAAUAUGUGUGAGUUAGGCUACUUUAACUUAAUGUGAAUAUCUGUGCGUGAAUGACAAACUAUUCCUUGAAACUUUCGCUGAUCAUGUCCUUCCUGUUUGAUUGCCCUAGGUAUUCCUCGCACGAGGAAGAAGAGGUGUCCAUACUCCAAAUUUCAGAUUCGAGAAUUGGAGCGGGAGUUCUUCUUUAACGUUUACAUCAAUAAAGAGAAACGGCUGCAGCUUUCCCGGAUGCUGAACCUCACCGACCGACAGGUUAAAAUCUGGUUUCAGAAUCGAAGAAUGAAAGAAAAGAAAUUAAGCAGAGAUCGUUUGCAAUAUUUUUCUGGAAACCCCCUAUUGUGAGCAUGUGAGGAGUGUAAAAUCAUAGGCCUAAUGAUUACAGUCAAAGGUCAAUGACACUCUUUUCUCAGUGAAUUCUUAUCACCAGUAAUAAACAAAGUUGAAGUUACAAAAAGAGCCCAGCUCUGCAGCAAUGUUGAGCAACUAAAUGUUUUGAUGAGGUUAUUUCUAUUUCCAACAUGUGGGGUUUCUCUAUGUAUGCGUAAUGAGCCGCCAUUUUCCUGUAGCCUUCGUGCACAGAAUAAUUUAUAUUUCAGAUAUAGGCCAACAGGUGAUAUAAUAAUCAUUGAUAUGCUGUAGUUCAUAUCAAUUUCCCUGUAUUUACCAAAAAUCUUAAUUCUGGUUAUUUACUUGUGCAUUUCACAAGUAUUAUUUGUUGAAUAUUAACUGCUACAACACAAUUUGGAAGCAAUGAUAGGCCUGUAUUGGAUAUUUUCACUUUUCACUUUCCUCUGGUCGUUGUAUAGGUAUAUGUAUCGCCUAUGUGUAGCCUACCAUGAAACCACAAUUCUCUUUUAGACUAGACUAUUGAACACAAAAUAGUAUUUACAGGCUUCAUUUUUGCCAUUGAGAACUGUGACGUGUACAAUCUGUAAUAUGUUUUCCUUGUACAGACUAUGCAACUAUGUGCAGUCGUGACUGUAAAUAUGAUUUUAUUUGUAAUUUCUCUCCCCCUUUCCGUGCUGCUAUUUUCUUUACACCGCCCAAGCAAUCUGUGUACUUUAAAAGCUUUAAUGUUAACACUCCUUUAAUUUAUUUGCUUUAUGCUCGGUGUUUUGCUAUGAAAGAGGAGGAGGAAAAUAUGGCGCUGGGCCUGUGUAUCAUUCAUAUAAAGAUAACUAUGAAAUAAACAGACGUAUAGACAACA